AUGAUGGAAAUCAAUCAAGUCGCAGUCCCGGCUGUCUACGUCCUCAUCUUCUUCCUCGGCUAUCCCUCACAAUGGCUGUUGACGCAGUUGGAACCCGCUCCGCUCACGAAGAAUGAACUCAUCGUAUCGAAUGUGAUUUUGGUCUUGAUAUGGAUUACGUACACGAAGAGUGUUUUCGUUGAUGCCGGAACCAUACCAAAGGAUUGGAUUGCGAAGAAAGAGCUAGGUGCCGAAAAGGGAGAUGAACAUGGCGAUACAUCUGGCAAAGAGACAGGUCUGGAUAUCGCAGGGAAGAGCCGGAAAUGGUGUCGGAAGUGCGACGCCGCGAAGCCACCUAGAGCGCAUCAUUGCAAGGAGUGUAAAAGAUGCAUCCCCAAAAUGGACCACCACUGCCCCUGGACCAACAACUGCGUCAGCCACACCACUUUCCCGCACUUCCUGCGCUUCCUCCUCUACACCACCUUCGGCCUCUCCCUCCUCCAAUAUUUCCUCUUCAUCCGCCUCUCGCACCUCUGGUCCAAUCUAGACAUGCCCUCCUACCUCGGCCCCACGCCCUUCCAACUAGGUCAUCUCUUCGCCGUCCUUCUGACAAACUCGAUCACCCUGUUCAUCCUCGGCGUCCUCCUACUGAGGAACCUCUGGUGCCUAGCCAUCAACCAAACCACAAUCGAAGGCUGGGAAAUCGAACGCCACAGAACGCUUCUACGCCGUGCGCGCCAGUAUGGCGGUUACCUACCUAGUCCCGACGGAACCAAGAUACGCAUUAAGAAACAGGAGUUCCCGUACGAUAUCGGUAUCUGGUCGAAUAUCGUACAGGGCAUGAACUCGAGUAUGCCGCUGCAGUGGUUUAAUACCCUGGCUCCGACACCUAGUCUGAGCAGUGGACUAUCUUUUGAGACGAAUGGCUUUGAGGACGAGGGCACGGUUUGGCCGCCUCCGGAUCCGGAUCGGGCGUAUAGGAGGAAUGCGACGGCGGUGAAUGCGGAUGCAUUUCGGUUUGCGGAGUCGGAGUUGAAUGCUGAGGAUACGGUGGCCGCGUUCAAGAUGAGGCAGGCGGAGGAUGCCGUGAGGAGGCGGAGACCGUAUGCUGGGGCUGUGGAAAAGGAUGCGGUGGAGGAUGAGAUGGAUGGGGAGAUGAUCAGGGAUGAGGAAGACUAUGCGUAUGGGGAUGAUGCUAGUGAUGAUGUCGAGGAAGAGGAGGAGGAAGCUGACAGAAGAAAGGGUGGUAAAGGGCGGGAAGGGGAGGCAGCUUGGCGAAACUCAGAGGGCGAACGGCUGAAGGAUUUUGGUGUCGAUGAGGAUGUGGAGUUUUACGACGAACAGGACGAUGAUGUGCCGCUGAGCCAACUCAUUGCUCGGAGACAGGCUGCAGCUGUGAACAGCCAGUAG